UUCCGCUAUUCGAUAAUAGUUUAAAACGAAAAUCACUCACAAUCUUGGGGCCGGUCGUAGAACUGUUACCAUGGAUUCCAUGCUCAAAGAAUAGUAUGCUUCUCAGAAACUCAUCACUGGUUCAUAGGAACUUGCUCUUCAUUGUGUAUAAAGACCACAAGCUCUAUUUCUUAACUCUUCAAUCAGAUAUUGUAAGCUUGCAAUUUUUAACUAGUAGUGAAAUUUCAAAAGACGAAUUCCAACGCUUCAAAAGGUUUAGAGUGGGCAGAGAAUUUUUGAAAUCUAUGACUACCAGUUUAGUUUGAGCAGUAUAGGAUGAAUAGUUUCAAUUGGAAGACUGUGUCCCCUCGAACUGGAAAGGGAGAGGCAAAAUUUUAUAGUAGUUUUCCUGGGAAAUCAAAGUUUAAUGUAGGGUUAGGGAAGUCUGUAGAGGAUUUGAAGGAGCGUUUGUUGAAGAAUCUGGUCUCUGCUGUUGGUGUGCAUUGUAUAGGCGGUGGUGGGAAGACAACUCUGGCCAUCGCUAUAUGUGAUGAUUUUGAUAUCAAAGGUUGUUUUGGAAAUAUAGUUUUCAUCACUGUUUCGCAAUCCCCAAAUCUGAAAGGAAUUUUCGAGACCAUAUGGCAGAAGAUAGUUGGGAAGAAGGUACCCGAGUUUCAGAAUGUGGAAGAUGCACAUAUACAGCUUCAGCAGCAACUUUUAAGGCAGUCUAAGACAACUUUGGUGGUGUUGGAUGAUGUUUGGUCCAGGGCUAGUUUGGAGAAAUUACUAUUUGAAGCUCCAGGGUACAAAACCCUUAUCACAACCAGAGACGCUUCUACCAUCCCCAGAAACGCAUCUACGAUAGUGUAUCAGUUGCCAUUGUUGAACAAAGAGGAUGCUCUCUCACUUUUCUGUUUGUCAGCAUUUGGACAGACAUCAAUGCCAAGUACGGCAGAUGCAAAUCUAGUCAUAGAGGUGCAAGCCGAGUGCAAGGGUUUACCUCUUGCUCUUAAAGUGGUUGGAAGCUCUUUGUACGGGGAACCUCAUGUGGCCUGGGAGAAUGCAAAGAAAAAACUUUCCCAGGGGCAGUCCAUAUCCAUUUAUCACAAAGAAGGGCUUUUUAGAUGCUUGAAGACCAGCAUUGAUUGCUUGGAUGAUGUUGCGAGGAAAUGUUUCUUAGACACAGCCUCAUUUCCAGAGGACAAGAAAAUUUCUGCUGAUGCACUGCUCAACAUUUGGGUUUAUGUUCGGAAGAUGGAGUGGCAGGAUGCCUAUAUUAUGUUACUGGAACUUGCAAGGAGGAAUCUCCUAAAUCUAAUAAGCAAUCAAGGAAGCCGAGCAACAAUCUCGUACGAAUGUGCCUCUGAGCUGUUUUUCUCGCAGCAUGAUGUCAUGCGAGACUUAGCCUUGUAUUUGGGAUGCCAGGGCAGUAUGGUCGACAGAAAGAGAUUACUCAUGCCCAGGCAGGAGCAUAGCCUACCAGGGGAAUGGGAGUCGUGUAGAGAUAGACAGUAUAAAGCUCAAAUUGUCUCUAUUCACACAGGUUCUAUGACUGAGAAUGAGUGGAAAUGGAAUGAGAUGAAUCUUCCAGAAACAGAAGCUCUGGUGUUACUCUUUUCUGCUAGUGAAUACUUUCUUCCCCCAUUUUUGAAAACCAUGAAAAAACUGAAAUUUUUGAUGGUAUGUAAUUUGAGUUCAAAGAGGGCUACAAUAAAAGGUCUAGAUACCUUAUCUUCACUCACUCAACUCAGAAGUGUUCGCUUGGAGAGGGUGGUUGCACCCACCAUUCCCAAACAGAGCAAAGUAAUACAAAACCUAGAUAAACUUUCUUUAAGCUUAUGCGAAGGGUUUGUAAAUAUGUCCACAUUCAAUGACACCAAUCUGCAAGAAUUAAACUUGGACCACUGCAGCGACUUGGAGGAGUUGCCACUUGCCAUGUGUCAUAUGCCUUCUGCUCAGAGAUGGUCUGUUACCAACUGCCAUCUUGUUGAAAAGUUGCCAUAUAAUCUCGGAAGUCUGAGCUCUAUUAGGAUGUUAAGAUUAUCAGCAUUACCAGCCCUGAAAGAACUUCCAGCAUCAAUUGGUAAACUUGAGCAGCUGGAAUAUUUAGACAUUUCACUUUGUGAGGGUUUGAAAGAUCUUCCAGACGAAGUAGGACAACUAAAGAAAUUAAAAGAAUUUGAUAUGAGAGAGUGUUCUCGUUUGAGGAGGUUGCCUAAAAGUGUAUGUGGACUAAGCUCUCUGAAGCAUGUUAUCUGUGAUGAGAAGAUUGGGAAUCAGUGGUUAAAAGCUAAGGCCAUUUCUAUCCCUGAACUUAGAGUUGAAAUUGUGGAACCACAAUUUACUUUGGAUUGGCUUGACGACUGACUUCUUUUCCCUUAUGCUAUCCUCUGCUUAUGUACAUAAGAAAGGAGUUAAUUUGUUAUUUUGUCUGUCACAUCCCUUAUUUUCUUGUGAGACCCCUCUAGUCCCGUUGUAAUUUGGACUAGGGUGGAACUGAUCAUAAUAUGUUAUUGGACCUAUGUGUGCGUAUAAGCUGUAUUUUGUUCUAUUAUUAACUACUAUUAAUGACUAUCACUAAAAUUGUUAAUGAAUA